AUGGUUGCCGACGCCCUCCUCUAUCACCCUGCACUGGCGCACUGGCUGCGCUUCCUUGCGACCACCGUUGGUCGCGACAAGCUCCUCCGUACCAUCCAAUACUUCUCUCGCUUCUACGCCUGGUACCUGUACCGGACCAACAAGCCCCAAUCCGCCAUUGACCCCUACAAUGCCGUCAAGAAGCAGUUCGGCACCACGCGCAAGAUCAUUCGCAUCGGCAAAUGGGCCGAGCACCUCAAGGCCGCCUCCAUCGCUCUUGACAACAAGAGCCCCAUCGACCCCGUCCUACGCUACCUGGCCGUUGGUCGCCAGCUCGGAUAUGCCGGGUAUCUGUCACUGGACAUGGUGACUGUGGUGGAUACCAUCGGAUACCGCAAGUUGGCUAGUGCCAAGCGCCUGCAGGACGGUGCCGCCCGGGCUUGGGCGGCGGGCUUGAUCUGUAGUACCCUGGCGGGCGUGUAUACUCUGUUCCGUCUUAAGGAGCGGGAGAAGAACAUUGAUCGCAAGGAAGGCGAGGGUGUGGUGGAAGCGAAGAAGAUUGAAAAGGAGCGCGCUGCUGCUCGGAUACAGCUCAUCUCCGAUCUGUGCGAUUUGACCGUGCCCGCCUCGGCACUCGGCUUCGCCCAGCUGGAUGACGGCCUGGUCGGUCUUGCCGGUACAGUCAGCUCGCUGAUCGGAGUGUGGUCGCAGUGGCGCAAGACCGCAUAA